AUGACCACUGAUACAGAGGAGGUUCUCAGUAACGAACUCAUUCGCCUGAGAAUCAGCACUGGUGCAAGCGGUCCUGCUCUUCACAGCCAGAAGAUCCUCGAGCCAAUUGCUUCAACACAUUCAUUUUUCGACCGAGCAAAAGAACUCCACCAAAAACAUGACUGGCUGGAAGAACGAUUCGAAAAUUUCUAG